UCGAACGGAAGAACGUAGAUGUUGCUGAGUGGAUUUAUUGUAGUAUUUAUUGUGAAGUACGAAAAUAAAAAAGACUAAUAGAGUCUGUGACUGAUUGAAAAACAGUGGAAUGAAUUUAAUACGUUGGGUGCACAAAAUUCAGAUUCUAGUGAUUCUCUUCGCUGCAGUCUCCUGUUUAUCUGGGAUCACUGAAAAUGAAGCUCGUUUGACAGAAUCAACAUCAGACGAUCGACUAAUCGGUCCGAAAGUUCCGCUAAAUCUAAAUCAACCUUUGUCGACUCGCACUGGAACAAUUGCCAAUAGAUCGAAACGAGCAAUCAUAUUUCGACCACUGUUUGUCUAUCGCCAGCAGCAGAUCAAGAAACAACGACAGCACAAUGCAGAACAACAGACGGCAGCAGCUGGCGUAGCAGCUAGUAACUUUGACUAUGUUCGGUACCCACAACCAACAACUCAAUAUUCCGGAGGUUCUUGGAGUAGUCCAUCUGUAAACCCUCCCGGCUGUCGAUGUUGGUAUUGAGUCUCACUUGAAACGAAAGUAACAAACAGAUAUCCUGUCACAUUUCGAAGUGUCGCUUGAAAAGUAGAUUUUUUGUAAAAACUGACAGAAGCUUUAAUUGUGAUAAUAUCCUGUGCGAAUAACAUAUGUUAAGAUUAUUUAUUUGUAUCUUUAUUACCAUUACCUUAUGCUAGAAAUAAAUGCAUUGA